CUCGGGCGGCCCGAGCCCGCAGGGGUGCUGGUGCCAGAAGAAAAGGAUGAUUGAUGGGAAUCAGACACCAGCCUAUAGACACUCACCCUCUUCCUUCGGAUACUGAUUUAUCAGUGCAUCCAGGCAUCCCCUGCAAGCCCUGAACACGGAGGAUCACUCAGGGUUAUCGAGAGUGUAGCAGAAGACCUGCAACUUCACAAAUUAUUAUCAGCUGUUGGACAUCUUUUACAAGAAGCCCUGACAGAUAAGUUAUAAGACGAAGGACAAGUGCUGCAUGGCUGUGAAAGGCUGUCAUCAGGGCCUGGGUGGCUUCUACCAAAGUCUUUAACACAGUGAAAAGAACAUCCUAUCCUAUGCUUCACGUUUGAGUUGGAACCUAUUUUAUAAAUAUAUACGUGUAUAUGUACAUAUAAUCUGUAGACUGCACAUACGCCAGCACUGAGCAUCCUUACGAAGCUGACAUCAAAGGAUUUAGAAAUGUAUUUGUCAAGAUUCCUGUCACUUCACGCCCUCUGGGUUACUGUAUCCUCUGUGAUGCAGCACUAUCCUUCUGUGUGGGGACACUAUGACGUGUGUAAGACUCAGAUUUACACGGAAGAAGGAAAAGUAUGGGAUUACAUGGCCUGCCAGCCAGAAGCCAGAGACAUGAUCAAAUAUGUAAAAGUGACUCUGGAUCCCCCAGACAUAACAUGUGGAGAUCCUCCUGAGACUUUCUGUGCAAUGGGGAAUCCCUACAUGUGCAAUAAUGAAUGUGAUGCGAGUACCCAAGAACUGGCUCAUCCUCCAGAGCUGAUGUUUGAUCUGGAAGGAAGACAUCCCUCCACAUUUUGGCAGUCCACAACUUGGAAGGACUAUCCGAAGCCUCUUCAUGUUAAUAUUACACUCUCCUGGAACAAAACCAUUGAGCUCACAGAUAACAUAGUUAUCACCUUUGAAUCUGGCCGUCCAGACCAAAUGAUCCUGGAGAAAUCACUCGACUAUGGACGAACGUGGCAGCCCUAUCAAUACUAUGCCACGGACUGUUUAGAUGCUUUUCACAUGGAUCCAAAAUCAGUGAGGGAUUUAUCACAGCACACAGUCCUAGAAAUCAUUUGCACAGAGGAAUACUCUACUGGGUACAUGACAAAUAGUAAAAUAAUCCACUUCGAAAUCAAAGAUAGAUUUGCUUUUUUUGCUGGACCUCGACUUCAUAACAUGGCUUCUCUUUAUGGUCAGCUCGACACCACCAAGAAGUUAAGAGAUUUCUUUACCAUCACAGAUCUGAGGAUAAGACUGCUUAGGCCAGCAACUGGUGAAAUAUAUGUAGAUGAGCAACAUCUGGCACGCUACUUUUAUGCAAUUUCAGACAUAAGGGUAUAUGGAAGGUGUAAGUGCAACCUUCAUGCUACUGGCUGUAAAGAAGAAAACAAAAGACUACUUUGUGAAUGUGAGCAUAACACAACGGGCCCAGACUGUGGAAAAUGCAAGAAGAAUUAUCAGGGCCGACCGUGGAGCCCUGGUUCUUAUCUGCCUAUACCUAAGGGCACUGCUAAUAUCUGUAUACCCAGUAUUUCCAGUAUUGGUAAUCCUCCAAAGUUUGAUAGGAUAUGGCCGAAUAUUUCUUCCCUUGAGGUUUCUAAACCAAACCAAGUUGCUCCCAAAUUAGCUAUGUCAACUGUUUCUUCUGUUCAAGUUGCAAACCACAAGAGAGACUGUGAAUGCUUCGGGCACUCCAACCGGUGCAGUUACAUCGAGCUGCUCAAUACGGUCAUUUGCGUGAGCUGUAAGCACAACACUAGAGGUCAGCACUGCGAGUUAUGCAGGCUGGGCUACUUCAGAAAUGCUUCUGCAGAGCUGGACGAUGAAAAUGUGUGCAUAGACUGUUAUUGUAACCCUUUUGGUUCAGUCCAUGAUCGCUGUAAUGACAGAGGAUUUUGUGAGUGUAAGGAGGGAACAUCAGGGCCUAAAUGUGAUAAAUGUCUGCCGGGAUAUAUCUGGCACAGCUUGGGCUGUCAACCGAACGUUUGUGACAACGAGCUCCUGCACUGCCAGAACGGGGGAACGUGCAUCAACAACGUGCGCUGCCAGUGCCCCCCGGCCUACACGGGCAUCCUGUGCGAGAAGCUGCGGUGCGAGCGUGACCCGGGCGGCUGCAGCCGCAGCUCGGGCCAGGGCCCGGCGGCCCUGGGGUCUGGCCUGCUGCUGCUGCUGCCCGCUCUGCUCAUGGCCUGGGCGCUCUGCAGCUGCUGA